ACUGGGGAUCGGGGCUGCGGGAGUUGGAGCUCCGCUUCUGGAUUACGUAACGCGUGGAUUUGAGUUGUUAAUCGCGCCGCAGACCCCCUUAGGAGUCCCCGCGGGUUGUGUUGGAGGGUCUGGUUUCGGAGGGGGGUUGGUGUAAUCAGAGAAGGGCUAGCGAGUUUCGUCCUUGUUUGUGAUUGAGGGAGGAACCCGCCGGACCGGUCUGACCUGUGGGAGAAGGCGGGGUAGGAAGCGGCUAAGGUGAGCCCUCCUGAAAGGACUGAAGAGGACAGACAGAGAAGACUGCAAGGCGCCGAGGAGAGCCACGGUCACGAUGAAGCUCGCCAAUGUACUGAGUCUGGGGGUAGCCCUCAUGUGCUGCUUCCUCGCCACAAACGCCCAAGCUCCAGGUUGCAAGUGUAUGUCACACAAUCAAGGCAAAUGUGAUGCAUCUGGAGGUACAACUGCUGCUGACUGCAAAUGCACGCUUCCAAUAGGUGCCGAAAACGUUAACGUGGACUGCACCAAAUUGAUUCCAAAAUGCUUGCUAAUGAAGAAAGAAAGUCUUGGGACAAAAGCAGGCAGGCGACCAAGACCAGAAGGUGCACUUAUUGACAAUGAUGGCUUGUACAACCCAGAGUGCGAUGCCAAUGGCAUGUUCAAGGCCAGGCAGUGCAAUUAUACCAGCACUUGCUGGUGUGUGAACUCUGCCGGUGUAAGAAGAACCGACAAAGGGGACGAGAACUUUAAAUGCACAGAGCUGGUCAGAACUUAUUGGGUGAUUGUGCAAAUGAAACGGAUUACCACAGAUGUGCAAGACAGUGACUUGAAAGCGGCUUUAACGAACCUCAUUACAAAUAGAUACAAACUGCCUGUAAAGUACAUCUCUAAUAUCGAGUUUGAAGAUCCCCUCGUCUUUGUGGACUUGAAACAAAAUUCUUCUGAGAAGGUGGCGGGUGAAGUGGACAUAGCAGAUGUUGGCUACUACAUGGAGAAAGAUUUAAAGGGAGACCCCAUCAUUCAUGCAGAUGAGAAAUUUGCAGUUGUUGUCAAUGGCAAAAAUGUUAUUCUUCAGGAUCCUUUAAUCCUUUACAUUGAUGAGAAGGCACACGAAAUUUCCAUGAAACGUUUAACUGCUGGUGUCAUAGCUGUGAUUGUGGUGGUUGUAUUGGCCAUUAUUGCUGGGAUAGUUGUACUGGUUCUUACCAGAAGAAAGAAGGGACGAUACGAGAAGGCUGAGAUGAAAGAAAUGAAUGAAAUGCAGAGGGAGCUGACAUCCUAGGAAAGUGCUAAGGGUCUGCAUCAUCCGAACAUGCCAGGGGGUUCACUGACGAGAGACAAAUUUUGUAUCAUUCUAGAAUUUAGAAUUCUAACCACCACCUCCAUAUUGUGAUAAUAGGUUGCAAUGGAUUUGCACCAAGUUGUAUAUAUUAGUGGAAUGCCACUUUGAUAUAUUUUUUUUAAAGAUAUUUCAUGUCUGGCACAUCGCCUUCUGCCCAACACAUUGUAAUGCAAGGUCAUGUUAUAUUAAUUUGGGGAUUCUGUUUUUAUGGCAUGUGUGUAAGUGGUGUUCAAAUUGGCAUAUAAAGAUUGUUGGCUAAUAAAGAUGUUUUUAUUGAUGUUCUGUAUAUAUUCUGUAUUGAUAAGUUUUUCUUUUUUAUUGUCAACAUUGAAACAAAUAAAACGUUUAACUACCA